AACGGUGUCGUUUAAAUUUAAUAGUGUGUUAAAGAUGUUGAAGACUUAAAAAAAAGGGGAAAACAAAAAACCCUAAUUCUCAGGCUGGGUGUGGAAGAGGAACUCAGCUUCAAAAACCCUAGAGCAAUUCAGGAACGCCAAAAAUGGGGGGUAAAUGUCCGCACAGGAGCGUCAAGAAAAGGAGAUACUCUCACAAAACCGCACGCCGCACCAAAUUCCUCAUCAAAGGUGAUGACAUGGUUUACGAUCAGCUAAACAAGGCUGAUGAAGAGAGACCUUUACCUGUUGAUGAAGAUUUGCCUGGGAUGGGACAGUACUAUUGCCUUCACUGCGAGUCUGUAACUAAUUCCAUUAUACUUGCUUUUUUCAUGUUGUUUAAUGUUUUUCACUUCAAAGUUUGCAACUUUGUUUAUUUUAUUAUCUGGGGUCGAAUUGCUAGUAGAACACUUCGAUAUCAAAUUGAUGGGAAAGUGAAUAAGAAAUUGCUUUGUUGUUCAUCAAUUUGCUUUUUUUGUACUACUCUUGCUUUGAAGUGUUCUGUUCUGUUCUGUUCUUUUAUUCUUUCUGGUGUUGAUUGCUUGUGCAGUGUAAAACAAAUGAUGGGUCCUGCACCUCAUACUCAACUUGAUGCUGAACUAGCUGCUGGAAUGGGAAUGCCAGACAAUGGACCAAAGUUGAUGUCUAUGUAACUUAUUUAUGGGACAAAUUGAUUAUACAAAUUUUGAGCCUUGUGUAAUGAGAUUGGAUGCUAAGUUGAUAUCUUAUGAUGCUAUAGAUGUUAUCUUAUUUCUACCAAUAUAUUAUGUUCGUUCUCGUUUCUGCAUAGGUUGUUAUUUUAUGUUAACCACAAAGCUGUAUCAUCUGGAUUCUGGAAUGUUACCAAAGCGAUUUGACUUAUACUGUGCUUUGGUCACAUUUGUCCAAUAAUUUAAUAUCAUUUAACUAUUUUUUAAAUUUUAAUAGGUAAUUGUUGAAAAAUACGAAUUUUAUGGAUUAAUCAAACCCUAUUCUCUAUAUUGGUUGCCCGUGAACGAAAGGUUUCAUUUUAUUUUGUGCAAUGACGAACUGACAAUUUAUUU